GCUUCCCCUCCGCCCCCAGUGCCCACGAUUCCGCGGCUCCGCCGACCAGGGGCCGCGCCGACUGGGAACUCGCCAGGCGCGUGGUCCCUUGCAAGGCCUGGGGGCCGGCGAGGCCGCAGAGGCGGGAUGGGCCUGAGCCCGGGCCCCGAGGGGGAGUACGCGCUCCGCCUCGCUAGGAUUCCCCCACCGCGCCCCAAACCCGCCUCGCGAACCGCCGGUACCGGGCCCAAGGACCGGCAGCCUGCGCUCAGACGUUCAACUGUGCCCCACUCGGGUCUAAAUAGCGUUUCCCCCCUUGAAUUAGAAGAAUCCGUGGGAUCCGCAGCGUUGGUCCAGCUCCCAGCCAAGCAGCCUCCGCCGGGCACAUUAGAACAGGGCAGAAGCAUCCAGCAAGGGGAGAAGCCUGUAGUUAGCUUGGAGACCACACCCAGCCAGAAAGCAGACUGGAGUUCAAUUCCAAAGCCUGAGGAUGAAGGCAAGUUAAUAAAGCAAGCAGCUGAGGGAAAACCAAGACCCAGACCUGGAGACCUGAUUGAGAUUUUUCGAAUUGGCUAUGAGCACUGGGCCAUCUACGUGGAAGAUGAUUGCGUGGUCCAUCUGGCUCCCCCGAGUGACGAGUUUGAGGUGGGCAGCAUUACUUCCAUCUUUAGCAAUCGGGCCGUGGUGAAAUACAGUCGUCUGGAGGAUGUGCUGCAUGGCUGCUCCUGGAAGGUCAAUAACAAGCUAGAUGGGACGUACCUGCCCCUGCCGGUGGACAAGAUCAUCCAGCGUACAAAAAAGAUGGUCAACAAGAUCGUGCAGUACAGCCUGAUUGAAGGGAACUGUAGAGCACGCCCUCAUGGAAGGAGCGAAGGCUGCUGGAGCAGUUAUUUCAGCUGUAGUGGAUAGCAUAAAGCCCAAACCAAUAACUGCCUGAAGGUGAUGAAAACUCCAGCUAGAGGAAGAGCUACUGACACAAGCAAAAAGAACAUGCUUCCUUCCCUUGCCUUCUCUCAAUGGCUCUGAUUAAGAAAAAUGUGAACUUCUGGAAGAAUCUACAAUGUAUCCAAUUACCCUUCCAGAAAUACAUCCAAUAUAUACAGGCAUAGACCCACAGACUCUCAGGAUGGGAAGGAUCUGGUAUCUAGUGUGUAUCUCUUAUGCGCCAGGCACUGUGCUAGGCAUUUCAUAUACGGAUCUAAUUUCACUCUUUGUAGGAUGGGACCUUGCUUGUUUCUUAGGCUGACCUUGGUUUCUGAUGCUUGAGUGCCAUCAGAAACAUCCCAGAAACCUCUGCUUGAAUAUUUCCAAUAACGAAAAUGUCUUUUUCCAGAUGUUCUUUUUGUUGAACUAAAAUGCCUCUAGCUUCUUUCUAUUUAUGAUAAUCCUGCCCUUUCGACCCACAGUGUAGCUCAGGGGACAAGGACCUUAAGAAAAACUGAGAUUCGUUAUUCAGGGCCCACUGUACCUUAAU